AUGCUGCAGUGUCGCAGAUUGCCAAACGCGGGAGGUCGUGGAAGUUUUUCCGGACCUCUUGGGAAGGGAAGUAGGAAAGCACUGCGGGAAGCUCUGUUGUCAUGGCUGCAGAAAUUGGCAGGCAAGAGAGGCAGGAAGGUGGCUUCUUCUUCUUCUUCGGGGGAGUUGACGAUCCACAACAUACAGCAAUUGACGGUGUCGCCAGUGCGCGAGCCUUCCUUGGGAAAUCAGCGGCGCACAAGCACGAGGUCCAACAGUGGAUCGAUCUGCUCCUUACGGGGAUCGAUCCACUCCAAGACAUCUUCAGUGUCCAAGCCUUCUACUGACUACUACGCUGCUUGCCGGAACAGCCGCCGAUCUGCGAUCGACCUCACAGCCAGCCAUUCAUGUCGCAACGAGGCGUCGCUGAAGGAGAUGCAGAGCACCACAAGCUUUCUUGCAGUCUACUCAUUCUUCACAACUGCCCACAGGGGAAGCCAUGCCAAUAUCAUCAAGGCACGGCAUCGACACACACAUGAGCGGGUGGCAGUGAAGGUGUACAACAAGGAGCAGAUACCGGGGAUCUUGUGGGAGAACAUCACAAGGGAAAUAAGGAUCCUCACAAUGGCAGAGGGGGCUGAAGGCAUUGUUCAGCUGAGAAACUCUUAUGAAGAUGAAAACCAGGCAAUUGCAGUUCUUGAAGACUGCACCGGUGGCACCCUGAUCAGCCGCAUGGCCAGCAAGGGAGGACAGCUCAGUGAACAGAUGUGUGCACAAACAGUGGUGAAGCCACUCCUGGAAACGCUGGCCUGGCUGCAUUCACAGGGAAUUGUCUUGAGGGAUCUGAAACCGGAGCAUGUCAUGUUUGAUGGCAAUGGCAGCCUUCGGCUCGUUGAUUUCUUCUCAGCUGCCAUUGUUGGAGAGGACUCGUUGAUCAGCAGGGAGGGCACCCUGGCGUAUAUGGCGCCAGAGAUGGUGCACAAGCCCACACCAGAAGAAGUGUUCAACGAGGUUAUUGGCCAUGGCCUUUCAGAAGCUGACUUUCCUGCAUACACCCAAAAAGUGGACAUCUGGAGCCUGGGGGUCAUCAUUUUCGAGGCCCUGACUGGGCGUCAGCCAUUUCUGGCUGAGACUGCUGAGGACCUAAGAGACGUGCAGGACAAGACCCUUGCUUCACACGGUGGCCUCAGGACCUCCCUUGACAGCAUCAAGAUGAGGGAGCACAUGUCGCCAUCCGCGUUGGAUUUCCUGACCAGCAUAAUGCGGAUCGAUCCAGACGAACGGCCUUCCGCGAAAGAGCUGCUGGACCAUGCAUGGUUGGUGUCUGCCUGCAGGGCUUCUCUUCUCAGCGCAAGGACCCAUGAGAGCACUGACAGUUUUGUGAGUGCAGUGUCACCGCCCAAGGCAACGCACACAAGGUAG